UUUCCCCAACGACUAAUCCAAAAUUAGCGGGUAGGAGUGAUUCGUAUUCGGCAACUAUAUUUCCCCCAAACAACCAUGUCCACUACACUCAUUCUUCCUCCUCUAUGCAUCAAACCCUUGCCUAAAUCUCUGCUCCUCCGCCUCAAUUCGCCUCUGAUCAUUCGCCGCCGCGGGUGCAGCUGCCGCUCAACGCUUCCUGUGAAAUGCCAAGCCGUGGAAGAGCCGACGGAGUCCACUACCGUCUACCGAGGCGUGUAUGGUCCGUGGAAAAUCGAAUCAUCCGACGUUCAAGAAGUCAUACUCUACAGAUCGGGGCUCGUGACCGCCGCUGUGUCAUUAGUGGCUGCGGCUUCGGCGGCCUUCCUACAAAAUAGUGAUUUGGAAGUGUUUGACUUAAUCAGGAGAAAUUUGGAUUUGUUUUAUGGUUUGGGAGCUUGUGGAUUGGGUUUGUCUCUGUAUUUGAUUCACAUUUAUGUUACGGAGAUUAAGCGCGCGCUUCAGGCGCUGUGGGUGAUUGGUGCAGUUGGAUCUUUGGGAACGUAUGCAACUUUGGCUCAACCGGCGGGGAAGAGUUUGGUGGAGUAUGUUGUUGAAAAUCCGACGGCUGUGUGGUUUGUUGGUCCGCUGUUUGCUGCUUUGACGGGCCUUGUGUUCAAGGAAGGGCUUUGCUACGGCAAGUUGGAAGCUGGCAUAUUGACAUUUAUCAUCCCAUCAGUUCUUCUUGGGCACCUGACUGGUUUAAUGGAUGAAGGUACAAAACUCAUUUUGUUGGGUUUGUGGAUGGCGCUGUUCGUCAUAUUUGCUGGAAGAAAGUUCACUCAACCUCUUAAGGAUGAUAUCGGAGACAAAUCAGUAUUUAUUUUCAAUGCCUUGUCUCAAGAGGAAAAGACAGCACUCGUUAAAAAACUUGAGGAGCAAAAUUAUUCUCAGAAUCUGAAUUAGGUAGGCCAAAAGCCAGUUAUAGUUUUUGCGAAAUAGGACCUGCACCAUGUUUGCCACAAAUUUAGAUUAAAUACAGCCAAAACAUGUGAAGGGCAAAGAACUAUAGAUGAAAUGAGAAAUCCAAUGGCCCUUACUGCUUUGCAUUUUUUUUGUGGAUUCACAAAUACUAGUCAUUAUCCUCACCAAAAUCAUUUUCGUUCUGUAUAUUGCGUGUUCAUACAUGAUACCAUCUCUUUGAUUUCUGAUGACA